AUGAGUUCACUAAACUUGAACAAUGAUGGUUAUGGUUUAUCUUUUGACUUGAAUGCUCCUUUUUUAUCUCAAGUUCCUUCUUCAUCUUCUGCUCCCUAUUUGGGUCAUCAUGAAGUGUAUGAAAAGUCUGAAAUACCCUUUGAGAUUUUGAACCCUUUAGUGGUCCACCCUAAUGGGAAUGAGAAAAUGGUUCCAAACAAUGAAGGGAAUUUUGGGAAUGGUAAAAAAAACUUGUCUUUGAUAAAUGAUGAGACUGAAAAUGAAACUAAAGACAUGUUUUUUGAAACACAGAAAUUUAUGAACUCUAAUCUCUUUAUUAGAGGUCAUUGGAGGCCAAAUGAAGAUGCUAAGCUUAAAGCACUAGUUGCUGAACAUGGUGCUCAAAAUUGGAACACAAUUGCUGAACAUCUACAUGGUAGAUCAGGGAAAAGCUGCAGAUUAAGGUGGUUUAAUCAGCUAGAUCCUAAAAUCAAUAGGGCAUCUUUUAGCAAGGAAGAAGAGUAUAAGCUUUUGGAAGCUCACAAAUUUUAUGGGAACAAAUGGGCAGCCAUCUGUAAACUCUUUCCUGGAAGGACAGACAAUGCUGUCAAGAAUCAUUGGCAUGUGAUCAUGGCUAGGAGGCAAAGGGAGCAAUCAUCUAGAAAGAAAAGACCAACAUUUCAAACUCCUUCAAAUGAAUCACUCACAAGUAGUACUAUUGAUGAGUCUAACUCAAAUUUCCUCAAAUUCAAUCUUGCUACUAGGCCUUUUCUCAAUUACCAAUUCUAUGGAUCACAAAUGGGUUUACUUGGAGCAAGACACCAAGAAGCUAGGGAUUUUGGUUUUGACAAGAUUUUCAGUGCAAUGAAAGGUUCAUCUAUAGGUUACAUGGAAAAGCUGAAGAGUGUGGACCAAUCCAAUUAUUCAGAUUCAAAGUCAGAAGUUUCAGUAUCUGAGUCAGUUGCAACAAACAGGAACAAUGAAACAUUUUUUGGAGACAAGAUUAAGAAGCCAUUUAUUGACUUUCUUGGAGUAGGUUAUACUUAG